AUCAAUAUUCGGUCAAACCAUGAGCUGCAAUUAUGCUGAUGGACUAUCAGCCUACGACAACAAGGGAAUCCUGGGAGCGCCCGAGAGCUUCGACAGCGAGGAAGUGGUGGCCGAAAAGUGCCAGGAACUUGCUGAUUUGAUCAAGAAAUCCGGACACGUUGUCUUGCACACGGGAGCUGGCAUUAGUACGUCUGCAGGUAUACCGGAUUUCCGAGGACCCAAGGGCGUUUGGACCCUGGAGGAGAAGGGCGAGAAGCCGGACUUUAACGUCUCCUUCGACGAAGCCAGGCCGACCAAAACCCACAUGGCCAUUAUAGCGCUUAUCGAAAGUGGCUAUGUGCAGUAUGUGAUCUCCCAGAACAUUGAUGGUCUGCACCUAAAAUCCGGUCUGAAUAGAAAGUAUCUUUCCGAAUUGCACGGCAAUAUUUACAUUGAACAAUGUAAGAAAUGCAGACGCCAAUUUGUGAGUUCAUCUGCUGUGGAAACAGUGGGUCAAAAAUCCCUGGACCGCCCCUGUAAAUCUUCUAUGGAUAGUAAGGGUCGCAGCUGCCGAUCGGGAAUCCUAUACGAUAACGUUCUGGAUUGGGAACAUGAUCUUCCCGAAAACGACCUUGAGAUGGGACUGAUGCACUCCACCAUCGCUGACUUGAAUAUUGCUCUUGGAACCACUUUACAAAUCGUGCCCAGCGGAGAUCUUCCUUUGAAAAAUCUCAAACGAGGUGGUAAAUUCGUAAUUUGUAAUCUACAGCCUACAAAACAUGACAAAAAGGCGAAUUUAAUAAUAUCCAGCUAUGUGGAUGUGGUUUUGUCUAAGGUUUGCAAAUUAUUGGGAGUCGAAAUACCCGAAUAUUCCGAAUCAUCCGAUCCUACAAAGCAGUCUGAGACAAUUGAGUGGACCAUACCUGCAAAUAAUGUAAAUACUUUGAACAAACAGUAUAGGAACUAUGUAAAGGAUACUAAAAUUGAAUCUAAAGCCAAGAAAAAGAAAUAUACGUAAUGCAGUUUAUAAAAAAAAUGCAUUUAUUUAGUUAGUAUUAUCGUCAUUUUUAUAUGUAAGUUGUCUAAACCAUUAAAAUUAUUUUAAUGUUAGAAAAAAGCCAAGUUAAGUAAAACUAUU